AUGAGCGGAGCAGCUUAUACUUUAUAUUUAUUUGCUUAUAGACAACAUGUAAUUUCUUUACAUUCUUUGUCAAUUGUUAUAACUUUAUUAUUUGAUUGAAUAAGUUUAAUAUUUAUAUCCUUUGUAUUAUUUAUUUCUUGUUUGGUAAUUUUUUAUAGAAUAGAGUAUAUAGAAGAAGAUAUAAAUAUUAAUCGAUUUAUUUUAUUAGUAUUAAUAUUUGUUAUAUCAAUAAUAUUAUUAAUUAUUAGUCCAAAUUUAAUUAGAAUUUUAUUAGGAUGGGAUGGAUUAGGGUUAGUUUCUUAUUGUUUAGUUAUUUAUUUUCAAAAUGUAAAAUCUUAUAAUGCAGGGAUAUUAACUGCUUUAUCAAAUCGUAUUGGAGAUGUAGCUUUAUUAUUAGCUAUUGCAUGAAUAUUAAAUUAUGGAAGAUGAAAUUAUAUUUAUUAUUUAGAAAUAAUAAAAAAUGAUAUUUAUAUAAUAAUUAUCGGUUAUUUAGUUAUAUUAGCAGCUAUAACAAAAAGAGCACAAAUUCCUUUUUCUUCUUGAUUACCUGCAGCAAUAGCUGCUCCUACUCCUGUUUCAGCAUUAGUACAUUCUUCUACAUUAGUAACAGCUGGGGUUUAUUUAUUAAUUCGGUUUAAUAUUUUAUUUUUAAAUUCUUAUAUAAGACAAAUUUUAUUACUAAUUUCUGGUUUAACAAUAUUUAUAGCAGGAUUAGGAGCUAAUUUUGAAUUUGAUUUAAAAAAAAUUAUUGCUUUAUCAACUUUAAGACAAUUAGGUUUAAUAAUAAGAAUUUUAUCUAUAGGAUAUGGAAUAUUAGCUUUUUUUCACUUAUUAACACAUGCCUUAUUUAAAGCAUUAUUAUUUAUAUGCGCUGGAGUAAUUAUUCAUUGUAUAAAAAAUAUACAGGAUAUUCGAUUUAUAGGAAAUUUAAGAUUAAGAAUGCCUUUAGUUAGAAGUUGUUUUAAUAUUGCAAAUUUAGCUUUAUGUGGUAUACCUUUUUUAGCUGGAUUUUAUUCUAAAGAUUUAAUUUUGGAAAUUGUAAGUUUAUCUUAUUUAAAUUUUUUUUCUUUUUUUCUUUUUUUUUUUUCAACUGGGUUAACUGUUUGUUAUUCAUUUCGAUUAGUUUAUUAUUUAAUGGGAGGUGAAUAUAGAGGUAUGUCUAUAAAUAUAAUAAGAAGAGAUAGAAUAAUUAUAAUUUUUGGUAUUUUUUGAUUGAUAAUAAUAACAAUUAUUGGGGGAAGUAUAUUAAAUUGAUUAGUUUUUUUUAAUCCUUCAAUAAUUUGUUUACCUUUUAUGAUAAAAAUUUUAGUUUUAUUAGUUUGUAUUAUAGGUGGUUUAAUAGGAUAUUUAAUUAGAAAUAUUUCUUUAAAUUUUUUUAAUAAAUCUUUAUAUUUUUAUAGUUUUAGAUGAUUUGUUGGAGGUAUAUGAUUUAUACCAAUAAUUUCUACAAUUGGAUUAUUAAAAAAUUUUUUAUUUAUUGGAUUUAAUACUUUAAAAAUUUUUGAUCAAGGAUGAAGAGAAUAUUUUGGAGGUCAGAUAUUAUAUACUCAAUUAAAAUAUUAUUCUUUAUAUUUACAAGAAUUUCAAAAUAAUAAUUUAAAAAUUUAUUUAUUAAGAUACAUAAUAUGAGUUUUUGUAUUAAUUUUAUUAAUAUUAGUGAAUUAA